AGAUAUCGCAGAGAACAGAUAAUGCUCCCCAUCUCCAUUGAAGCGCGGAUGCCUUGAGGCAAUAUGAGACUCAGCUUUAACGUGGACGCAAGGCUGAUUGCCUUGUGCACGACCUGUUUUCUCCUGCCCGCUAUCGCUUGCCCCACGGAGUGCAUCUGUAAGUGGAGGAACGGGAAGCGGUACGUCGAGUGCAUUGAGAGAGACCUCAAGACGAUACCCGGCAGACUCGACUCUGAAACUCAGGUCCUGGACUUCUCAGGCAACGAUCUACAAGUUCUUCAAAAGGAAACAUUUCAAAAACUCGGAUUACUAGAUCUACAGAAAAUCUAUUUAACGAGGUGUCGAUUGCAGAAGAUAGAUAAUCAUGCUUUCAAAGGCCUCGCUAAUCUCGUUGAAUUGGAUCUGUCGAAUAAUUACUUAACCGUCAUACCCUCAUCAAAUUUUGCCUUCUUUACGUCUCUAAUGAAACUCUCUUUGAACAAUAAUCCAAUAACGAGCAUUAAAUCGCAUUGUUUCCAACAUCUAUCGUAUCUAAAUACGCUGGAAUUGAGCGAUUGUAAAGUAGAGGUCGUAGAAAGAGAAGCCUUCGCCGGAUUGAAUCACUUAGAAUGGCUCAGACUGAAUGGUAACAGACUAUCAAAUAUUCAAGGCGAAAAUUUAUUCCCCGACACGCUGCGGGGGAUAGACUUGCAAAAUAAUAAUUGGAACUGCGAUUGCCAUUUGAGAGAUUUACAUAGCUGGUUGUUGAAUUUCAACAUGCCUCACGCCGUUGAACCAAUUUGCUCGCUCCCUGAGAGGCUACGAAAGCGCACAAUAGCGAGUGUGGUCACUGAAGAGCUUGCUUGUAUCCCCAAAAUAACACCAACCUCUGUGUUCUUAGAGACAAAUACCGGAAACAACGUUACUCUCGAAUGCUUAGUCAAGGCCAUUCCAGAAGCGAAAAUAUCCUGGUUCUACCAGGGACAAAUUAUACAUAAUUACUCAACGAUGUCGGUGGAGCCCCGAGACAUUUAUUAUGUCGAAAAUGGCGCUACAGACAAGAAAAGUGAAUUGUAUAUAUUUAACAUAACCAAUGAUGAUAAUGGCACUUACUCUUGUGUUGCCGAGAACCCGGCCGGGAGAUCUAGGGCUAAUUACUCAAUUAGAAUAAUAGUUAAAGAGGAGCCCGUCGUAAUUGUGGUCACAUUCCCACAGAGACAUUUGGUAGUCAUAGUUACAGUGGUAUUUCUAGUGAUAGUGUUGUUAAUAGCUAUAAUAGCGGUUGUUUUGUUAAAAUUCAAAACCGAUACGAGAAGUCGUAAAAAGAAAGAAAGCGGAAAAGACGUCGCUUUGUGUAAUCAGAUCUUGCCCUCGAGCCGUAGCAACGGGUCGUUACCCAAAAAUAAUGGGAGUGUUAUAGUGAACGCGCACUCUCAUCAUGCCUUGCAUUAUACGCUGCAGACGAACCGUGAUUAUGAGACGAGUGAUGUGUACCAAAGCGGCAACAUGAAAGGCUUUGUCGACAGAAACCCUGACCUAAUUAGUGACGCGGAAACAGUCGCUAACAAUGCACAAAAUGAGAACACAGUGUUGUCAGUUUACAAACAAACAAAUAACGGCGAGAACUUUGAAGAGGAAACCGCAUUCACCGCGCCCUCUGUACCUCGUCAAGUCACGUGGCAGGACCAACAGAGCUUCAACACUGUAAACCUACCGCCGAACACGGUAAAUAAUCUAUACCAGCACUCGGCCGAUGUUCACUUAAACCCCGGUUGCUUCUUGGAUAGCGAUGGCUAUCCAUAUGACUAUGGCCUACCAAAACACCCCUGCCGACCGCCAAUGAUGUCGAACUACUCAGUAGUAGGACCAUUCUAUCAAACAUUACCCCAUAAUAGGUCUAAAGGUCAGAAACUUGUAUGUAAAUUUGCAAAAGAUACUGAAUUCAAUGCAUCGACCCCACCACCGUGUCCUAAUUUUGAGCUAUUCAGCGCGCCAAAUGUGCGGCGUACAUUAGAUGGAUACCCCGUACCACGCAACCGACAAAUCGCUUUUGUAGGAAACGGAACUGUUUAUUACAAUGAGGAGUUUGUGCCAUCACCGCCUGAGGGGUAUAAAACAGAUCAGGUAGUGCAGUGCUGUGCAUCGACCGAGGCUUGCACAUCGUGGGUGAGUCCUCCUAAAGGGACUUGUGCAGUGAUGGUACCUGUAGGCAUCGCUGAACCGAGAUGUUAUCAAGUUGAAACUCGAUGUGUCGAUACUCAGACUACGGAAUCGACGGCGCGUGUUCCUGGUGAGGGGACCGAGAACGUUCUAAAGCCCCUGCCUCAGGUGUCAAACGCAAAAUGCGCGGCGGAUAUCUGCUCGGAGAGCCCCGAUGAAGGUUACGUCGGCGACGCUAACGACAUCUGACGACGUCGUCACAACGAUAACGCGUAAACAGGGCUAUUUAGACGCUAAUAAAGUGAUAAAGCGACUGAGUAUAAAAGUAAUAUUGUACAUAGAUUUGAUCGAACUCCGUGAGACAUCGAGCACUUUGUAUGCAGCGCGAUCUCAAAAGCCAGGAUUUUCAAAGUGGGUAAUCAUUCAUAAGUUAACUCCUUUACUGAGUUCAUCAAAUAAUCGAUAUCUCACGGAGGAUACGUUUCAUACUAACAAAAUAUUAUUACCUACAUUUUUUAGAAAUCAGAUCUCAGGGUGCA